CAGAUUUUUUUCCUUUUGUUGCAAUCCAAAUUUCCAGAGUAGGAUUGUAUCCUAAAAAUGGCUACCUUCUUUGGCUCUCCACCAUUUCUCUCUCACCCAAUUACAAGAACUUACCACUUCUCUUCAUCUUCACAGACACCUCCUCCUCAACCACCAGAACCACAAUCUCCAUUACCAUCCCUAAGCACAUCCUCCGCGGAACAACCAUCACCGGUCUCAGUUAACGUGCAACGACAAAAGCCUCCUAGACCUGCCAAUCCAACCACAACUGCUGAUUCCACUGAUUGGAUAGCAUCCAGCUUAACCAGGAGGUUUGGACUUGGCGCAGGCCUUGCAUGGGCUGGCUUCCUAGCUGUUGGCGUGCUCUCUGAGCAAAUAAAAACCCGCCUUGAAGUCUCCCAACAAGAAGCAAAUACAAGAGAUGUUGACAAGAAAGAAGAGGUGGUGUUGCCUAAUGGGAUAAGGUACUACGAGAUCAAAGUUGGCGGUGGUGCUUCUCCACGGCGUGGAGACUUGGUGGUGAUUGAUCUUAAGGGAAGUGUGGAAGGUAGCAAGGCUGCAUUUGUUGAUACAUUCAGUGGUGAAAAGAAGCCAUUGGCUCUUGUAAUGGGGUCGAGGCCGUAUUCAAAGGGAAUGUGUGAAGGGAUAGAAUAUGUUUUGAGGUCUAUGAAGGCUGGUGGUAAGAGGAGAGUGAUUGUUCCUUCUAAUCUAGGGUUUGGAGAGAAGGGUGCUGAUUUAGAUACAGGGGUGCAGAUCCCCCCAUAUGCCACACUUGAAUACAUUGUUGAGGUUGACAAAGUUUCAAUUGCACCAGCUUGAUUUUUUAAUGUCUUUGUGCAGUUAUGGGCAAUGAACAAAUAUAUAGAAACUGUAUCUUCACAUUGUCAUGAA